CUCGUAGAGUUGUAAUACUUGUAACUAAUUGUACUCAUCAGUCAUUACUCAUUAGUCAUUACUCAAUACUCAUACUCUUUAGGCCUUUAGCCUUUAGGGGAUGUUAGUAAAUUACCAACUACAUGAAGCAGUGUUUUUAAGUUCGAAUUUCGUGCAUGGUUAAUAAUUAAUAUUUUUAACGUUUUUUCUUAUUUUAUCAGUACUAACCAUAACAUAGCUGACUGUAAAAGAAUAUUAAAAUCAACAAAAAAAAAAAUGUCUGAGGUGCCCCGAAAACGCCGUUCUAGUUUUUUCCCAAAACCGGUUGAAGAGAAUCAUGAAAAACAAUUUGAGCUGUUUAAGAACAUGCAUUGGGUAAAUGAAGAAAAAGAAAACAUAGUUUCUAAUUCAAUGGUAUUGGGUGUUCAAGGAAAAAAAACAUUACAAGAAUAUACUGAAAAAUUAAUAAGUCGCAGACAAGAAUAUCCAAAAUUGGUAUCUAGUAAACAAGAAGAACAAAUUCAUUUAAAAGAGAAAUUACGUAAAAGCAAAGUUGAAAUAAAUUGGGAAACUGCUUGUGAUGGAUUAACAGACUUUGAACGAGAUUUUACUUCUAAUAGACCUAAUUAUAAGCGUUUGGUCGAAGACAUCCGUUUCCUCACAUUACAAACGGCCGUAGCCAAAAGGUCAAAUUAUGAACUACAUGCCACUUUAAAUGCUUUUAAUAGGCGGGUUAAUGAAAAAAUAGAUAAAUUACAAGAAUUGUUUAUUGAUAAAAUUGUUGAGGACAGUGGUGUUGGUACUUCAUACUACAGCAGUGACACAAAUUCAUCAACAAUAGAUUCCUCCGAAGAAGAAUGUUUAAAUUCAAAUUAAAUUUCACAAUAUUAUUAAUAAUUCAAAUUAUAUAAAAAAUAAUGUAUUUCAUAUAAAAUUACAAUGUGCAUUACCUACAUUUUAAUACAUAUUAGAUUUUUGAGUUAGUAAAUGAAUAAAUCCUAAUACAAAACAAA